GCGUGGAACACGUGGCGGAAGGGCGUGGGACACGUGGCGAAAGGGCGGGGAACACGUGGAAAGUGUGUGGAUCGUGUUCCAGAGAAGGCGUUCAUGGCUGUCUCCAUUGACAUGUUGAGGGCAUAUACUAACACCAGGAGUUUUUGGACUCAGCUCUGGGCAUGAUUGCGGUCAGAUGCAUCCAGGUUCGGCUGUAAUUAAGUUCAGAUACAUUUGCUCGUGUGAGUACACCUUGAGAUGAACCACGACCUCCAUCGAUCACGGCCGGUGCGUGGCAUUCCUCUUCCUUCUCUUUGGCGGGUUGUCGGUCCGUCGGUUGCGCGGGAAGAAGAAGUCGAAUGCGCGGGAAGAAGAAACGCAAGGAGCUGUGAAGCCCGAGGAGAGAGGGAAAGAGGAAAAAAGGCGGGAAUGGCUCACGCGCUCCAGCUCGGGCAUUGGUUGUUGAUUGAUUGGUGGUAGUGGAACGCGUUCGGGGACAUCAUUUCAUUCCUUGGUUUGAUUCAAGCGGAGAUCGAACGGCAAUCUCGAUCCGACAGACUCCUAUUAUCGAGCUUGUCGGGAUCGCCGCGCACAUGCGCUCAGAGAGGAGGCAACCGAUGUUCCUCCUCCCCCCCCCCCCCCCCUCCUCCUCCGCCCCCCCAAGAAAAAGAAAUCGAGAGUGUGACUACGGCCGCUGAUUACUCUUUUGUCAUAUUCUUGCGUGUCUGAUCCCACCGCUAAUGCGUAGUAUCAGGGCUCGGCGCGCUUACAAUCUCGCCUGAUCCCUCCUUUUUAACUGUACUAGAGCGGAUCGGCGGCUGUAAGCGAACAGGCAGCCAAUCAACGAUAAAGUGAGGCAGCCAAUCAACGAUCACGUGGCGAAGAGAGGACGAGGAAUCGACGACCGCCAUGGCUUCGCCAUCGCCAUCGCCAUCAGUGAAGGCGCAAGCAGGAAUUGGCGGGAAUAAUCCUAGAACCACGCUCCUGAUCGAUAAACACCGAUCUUAUAUCAAGAGUCUCGAUAAAGACACACAGAGUCUUGACUAUAUGAUGACUGAGCAUUUGAGGAUGAGUGGAGUCUACUGGGGAUUGACAACAAUGAACAUUCUUGGAAGCUUGGGUGAAAUGGACGAGAAAAAGGUCAUCGACUGGGUUCUCAAGUGCCAGCAUCCGUGCGGUGGAUUUGGCGGAAAUGUGGACCAUGACCCACACAUACUGUACACUCUAAGCGCCAUCCAAAUUCUCGCUCUCUAUGACAAGCUGCAUCUACUGGAUGCUGAUCAGAUUGCUGCAUACAUUUCAGGACUCCAGCUUGCCGACGGAUCGUUUGUUGGCGAUGAAUGGGGAGAAGUUGACACAAGAUUUUCCUAUUGUGCGAUUUCAUGCUUGUCCCUGCUUGGAAGAUUGGAUAAAAUAGAUGUGGACAGAGCUGCUGCGUACAUUGCCAGCUGUAAGAAUUUUGAUGGCGGUUUUGGGUGCACGCCAGGUGGAGAGUCACAUGCUGGCCAAAUUUUUUGCUGCGUUGGCGCCCUGGCCAUAGCCGGAGCUCUUCAUUAUGUGGAUGCGGACUUGCUUGGCUGGUGGCUAUGUGAGCGUCAAGUCAAAUCUGGAGGUCUCAAUGGGCGUCCUGAAAAGCUUCCUGACGUCUGCUAUUCCUGGUGGGUACUCUCGAGCUUGGUGAUCCUCGACAGAGUCCAUUGGCUUGACAAGGAUAGGCUCAAGGCCUUCAUAUUAAGUUGCCAGGAUGAAGAAAGGGGUGGUAUCUCCGAUCGACCUGACGAUAUGGUUGACGUGUUCCAUACAUUCUUUGGAGUAGCAGGGCUUUCUCUUCUGGAGUAUCCAGGCCUUAAGCAUAUCGAUCCAGCGUACGCCUUGCCAGUUGAAGUCGUGCAGCGCGUUCUCUCCAGGCAGAGGCAGACACCAGCUUGAUCUCUCUUCUACCGUUGCAGUCGACUCCUACUGCUCUAUGGCCAAUACCCAAUCGGCUAUCCCCAAGUGGCUAUUUCUAAAUUCCCCGAGGAUCACACAAUAGCUUUGCUAUCCUUAACUCAAUUGCAAAUUGGGCUUUUGGCUAUUUGGCUAUUUGGCUAGCGGCUUUUUGCCCCACCAACCGGCUAUGCCCUCUUGGCUAUCCCCAGUCAGCUACAGACUUGCCUGGCUAAUUAGAUCAUAUCGAUCACAUCAUACAUAGCUUUUGUAUUCUUUACCUCAUAGCUAAUUGGCUAUCCCCCAUAGGCAACCCGAAUUGGCUAUCCCCAACCUAUUGACUAUCCCCAACACAUUUGACCAUCUCCCCAAUUCACUAUUCCCAAUUGGCUGUCCCAAAUUCACUAUUUCCCAUCAGCUAUACAGGCACUCCUUCGCUCUAUCAAAGCCAUGAUUGGUCUGCAUUGAUGUGGAAUCCUCUGGUCCAGGCACUGCUCGAGUUACCGCAGAUUCGUGCAGAAGUGAGUUUUUUUUUUGACUUUCUGUUGUAUUCUUGAAUUUCUUCUUCUUUUUUCGUUCCUCCAUCUGUUUAGUUCAAAAAACUUCAAAAAAGGAAAGUGGAAAGGUGGAGUAGUAGACUUGUGUUGGACAGGUGGCUGAAUGGUAUGCACAUCAACACAUACUACUAAAGCUUAGUCCCCCUUGCCAUGACGCUGCACACCGAGCCGGUUCUUUUCUUUCGCGCUUUGGCCGUACAAUCUUCAUCUACGCGGCUGGUGUUGCCGGAAACCUGAUUUCUUAACCGUUUUUGGAGCUCUGCUUUUGCGGCACGUCAGCGUUUUGGAGUGCUGUUGUGUCGACACGUGUGUGCCCUCUUUGUUCUUCGCUUGUCUUUGUGUCGUGUUCCCGUCGUUGAUUUCUCCGCUAUCUAGCGAUUUCGUCGUGAUUUGCGGUGUGUGCCACUGUGUGGUGUUUCUGCAAUGUUACAGCGUUGUGUUUUUUUAUUUUUUAAGGAUGGGUGUGGUCUCGAUAGGAGGCGCGAUGUCUGUGCGGAGGACCGAUGCUUAGUGUUUCGAUGCGGGCGCGUUGGUGUGGGGGUGUUUUCUGUCUACAUUCAGCCUGCAUUUGGUCUGGUUUUGGGCCCGGGUUGAUUGUCUGUUUAGCGUUUGGAAUGGCGAGUUCGGCUUCCUCUGCAAUGCGCUUAGUGUUUCGA